AUGGUGUUAGUAGUAGAGUAUCAUAAUAUAAAUACUCCUGUUGGAAAAUAUUCAGAGUUGGAGAAUUUGAAAGAAGAAAAGGAAAAAAGCUUAUAUAAUAAUUUGGAAUAUGUAAAUUUAUUAGACAUAAAAACUUUGGAGAAUAAAUCUAUAUACGUAUCUUCAGAUUUAUUGAAUUUUUUAAAAUGCUAUUCAAAUUUGAGUAUCAACUUGAAUAAGGUUCCUUAUGAUUUGGUCUAUUCAUUUUUGCUUGAUGGAGAAUUAUAUUUAGGAUAUGAUAUAUCUGUUUUUAUUUUAUUAGUAAAAGCAGAACAUUUUGAGUAUUGUAGAAGAAUAGAUAAUGAAAAUAGUGAUAAGAAAGAAAGUUUUAGAACAAAAUAUAAAUCAACAGUUAAAAGAUCAUCACAGAUAGAUGAUGAAGAUAAUCUACAAGGAUUGUUGAUUAAAGAAAAAGAAGAUUAUUUAUCUUUUUUGAAUGAAAAUAAUGAGGCUUUAAAACAAUAUAUGGAAUCCGAAAAAAGAGGAAAUCCUUUGUGGCAUUUGGAUGAAUCUAAAUAUAUGGAUAAAAAUUUGUAUGAUGAAGAAGAUUCAUCAUUUAUAUUUAAGCCUACUUUUAAUUAUUUAGGAAAUAAUAAUAAUAAUAAUAAUCAUAAUAAUAAUAAUGCUUUUUCUAAUUUUAUAAUCGGCAACUUAUCUUCUGAUAAUAUUUCUGGAUGCUUCUUUGUGGAGAAAUUAAAUGCUUAUCUUUUCGCCAUGUUGGAUAAAUGUAGCAAUAAAACAGUUAUAUCUGUUUUUCCAUAUGAAAAAUUUGGAAGACACCAAUCCAGAAAUUUAGCUAUCCAAUUUUCCCAAUAUGAGGACUAUAUGCAUAGGAUAAUUGAGGACAGACUUUAUCCGAAUAUUCAAAAUAAUCUCCCAAGUGUUCAUAAUAUGAAGAAUAUGAGUAAUAUGACUAAUAUAAACAAUAAUAAUAAAGAUAUUAUUAUUAAUAGAAGUGGUAUUUCUAAUGGUAAUAGCCAAAGUGUUCCUUGCUUUGAAAAUAUUUUGGAUUAUGAUAAAUUAAAAUUUGUGGAAUAUAUAAAUUCCUUUAGUGAUGUAAAGAAAUCAUCUUCAUUCAAUAUUAUUGGUAGCAGCAAAAAUAUAUUUGAACAAGGUGAAAACCUGAAGAACUAUUGUAUAUAUCAUAAUAAUAAUUUUGAAAGUGGAUUUGAAAAUUAUAUUUUGGAAAAUAAACAACCAUUGGAAUUAAUUGAAAAUCAUUUGGGCAUAAUGGAAAACAUUAAAGGGAUGUAUGAUAAUAGGGAUCAGGAGGAAAUCAAUUUCAAUAAUUUUUCAGGGUUGUUGUGGGAAGACAAUUCAAAUAUGAAUGAAAUAAACCUAACGAGGGAUAAUCAUAAUAAUAAUUAUCAUGAAAAUGAAGAAAAUAUAUAUAGUAUUAAUAUUAAAUAUAUUAAUAAUCAUUUUAAUAAUAAGGAUGAUAUGAUUAUGAAAUGUAAAAACAUGAAGGAAUCUAUUUCUAUGGAUAAUAAUAGUAGUAAAAGUAAUAAUACUCAUUUUGAGAAAACAUUGGAAUCCAUAAAUCCUGAUGACCGUAAUAUUUUUAACAGUGAAAUGGAUUCUAUGAGAAAUGAAAAUAACGAUGAAGAAGAACCAACGGCCACAAGUAUUUAUAACCUUUUAGGAAACAUUGGAAAAGAUACAAAUAUUAAAAGAUGUAGUAGUAAUUAUAACUAUGAUAACAAUAAUGGAUAUAGUAACGAAAGUAGUGACAAUUAUAAUAGUGGGUAUAAUGAUAGUACAGAUAAUAAUAAUGGAUAUAAUAGUAACAGUAGCUAUAAUAGUAAUAAUAAUGGAGAUGAUAAUAACAAUAAUAAUAAUAAUGAUGAGAAUUGUGAUAAUAAUAAUAAUAACAAUAAUAAUAAUAAUUAUAAUAAUAAUAAUUAUGGUAACAAUAAUAAUAACAACAACAAUAAUAAGGACAAUAAUAAUAAUAAUAAUAAUAAUGAUGGAAAUGGUAGUAGUAAUAAUAAUAAUAAUGAUGAUGAUGAUGAUGACGAAGUAGAGGAUGAUGAAGAUGAUAACAAUCAUAAUAAUGAUGAUGAUAAUAUGAGUGAUAACGAAGAAAUGGAAGAUAAUGAUGAAGAUAACGAUGAGUAUAAUAAUAGUAAUGAUAGUUAUAAAUAUGAAGAAAAAGAUAGUAAUCAUGAAAAGGAUUUGAAAAAAGAUAUAAUAGAAGGAGAUAUGAUUAAUUCUGUUAAAUACGAUAAAAACAUUGGUAAUCAUACUACAAAUAAGAGUGAAAUUAGUACUAACUAUUUUGAGAACAGUUGUAACAUGAGUGUAAAUAAUAGUAAUAACGAAGGAUAUGAUGAUAAUUGUAAUAAUGGUUAUAUGAAUCAUGACGAAGGAUUAACUCUUAAUAAUGCGAAUGUUUCAAAUAAUAAAUGCGAUAUUAUAAUACCAGAAGAUGGAAGUGUUAUGUAUGAAAAUAUGAUUAACAGAGGAAACGGGCUUACAAGUAACAUUAACAAUAAUAAUAAUAAUGUAAGUAAUAAUAAUAGUAUAAGUUGCAAUGCAGAUGAUAAUGUAUAUAAUAAUAUAAAUAAUUAUAUAAACACAUAUAUGGAAACUACAACCAAUAAGAAUCAUAUUGAGAAUAGAUGUAAUCAAGAUUCAUACAGUACGAAUGAAGAACCGUUAUCCAAUCAUUCUAUAAAUGAUACAGGAAAAAUAAAAGAUGGCAUAAUGUAUGAUGGAAAUGAUUUGGAUAUGAAUGGUACGCAAGAACAUAGUAAAGAAGAAGGGAUGGAUGUUUUUGAACCGAAUUUUUUCGAAUUAAAAAGAAAUAGUUCCGAUGGUCAAAAUAAACAUUUAGAACCAGGAGUUCAAAAAAAAAUUAGUAAAAAAAGAAGUAAAGUGAAACAUGAAAGAAAUAGUAAAAUACUUGAUGAUGAAAAGAAAGAAGUAUUAAAUAAAGUAUCUCAAAUAACACGAGUUGGAGGUGUUUGUUUUGAUAAGAAUAGACAAAGAUGGAUUGCACAUUGGAAAAUUGACGGAAAAUAUCAUAAACAUUAUUUCCCUAUUAGUCAAUACGGAUUUGAAAAUGCUCGGGAAAGAGCAGUUAGUUGUAGGAAACAAGCUGAAAAACUAUUUAAUUUACCAGAAAUUCAACCAAGAAAUAGAUGGAAUCAAAUAAAAGUCAAUGGUACUUCUCACAUAAAAAAAGCUGCAAAAUUACCAAGAUGUGAAGGUGUUGGAUAUGAUGAAUUGUCUCAAAGUUGGGUUAGUACUUUUGUUGUUCAUAAAAAAUUUUCUAUUGAAGAACUUGGAUUUUAUGAAGCAAGGGAAAAAGCUAUAUAUUGUAGAAAAACAUUUGAAAAGGUAAAUGUUCAUGAUGAUUAUGAAUGUUUAUUAAAUGACAGAUUAGGUUUACGUAAUGAGGAAAAAGAUGAAUUAUCUGAUUUAAUUAAUGUAGAUAAAAAUGCAUUGGAUAAUCUAGAACUAGAAGCAUCUGUUAAUAAUAAUAAUAAAGUGAAACAUAAUAACAACAACAAUAAUAAUAAUAAUAAUAAUAAUUCUGAAAAAAUGAGAAUCAAAAAUAAUGAUUUUUCAGUUGAUAAUAAUAAUGAAAAUGUUGGAACAGGAGAAAUUAAAAUAUCCAAUGAUAAAUAUUUAAAAAUAACACAAGAAGCUAUUGAAAUGAUUCUAAGUAAUAUCAAACAUAAAUCCUUACCAGAAAUUAAAAUGAAAUUAAUUGAUAAACAAAAGUUUGAAAAUUAUAAUACAUUACUAGAUAAACAUUUUAAAUUUAUUACAUCUGUAAAAAACAUUUCACAGUUAAGACCAUAUAUAUCACUCUUUCACAAAUUUAUAAUUUAUCAUACACUUCCUCAUAAUAUUUCUUUAAGGAAACAAUUAUUUAUUAUCGAAGCUUUAGAAUGGUCUUCGUUUUUUUCAGGUGCAGCUAGCGAAAAAGUGGAAUAA